AUGAUGCUGAGGAAGCUGGUGUGUAAGAAGAUCUGUGCCUCUCCCCUGGCAGAUAAGAACUUUGAUGAUGAGGACUCUGUGGAUGGGGGCCGGUCCUGCUCCUCCGCAUCGUCCUCCAAGGCGCCCCCCAGUGGUAGGAGGACUGUAGCUGCAGCUUCUGUCCGCAGGCCCAGCUCUGCCACCGGACCCGGCAAGAUCUCUGCUAAAGAUGCUGCUGCAGGAGCUGUAGAUGAGGAGGACUUCAUCAAGGCUUUUGAAGAGGUUCCUACUAUCCAGAUCCACUCCAACAGAGAGAUGGAGGACAACCUCUCCAAGGUCCGGGAGGUUCUGUCUGACGACAAAAACGACUGGGAGCACCGAGUCAUCGCUCUGAAGAAGGUGCGUUCUCUGCUCCUGGCUGGAGCGCUGGAGUAUGAUAGUUUCCCUCAGCAGCUCCGUCUGCUGGAGGCCCCUCUGAAGCUGUCUGCUAAAGACCUGAGGUCCCAGGUGGUAAGAGAGGCCUGCAUCACAUUGGGAUACCUGUCCACGCUAAUGGGCAACAAGUUUGACCACUGUGCAGAGACCCUGAUGCCCACACUGCUCAACCUGGUGCCCAACAGUGCCAAGGUGAUGGCCACGUCUGGCAUGGCAGCCAUACGUCUCAUCCUCAGGCAUACACACUACUCACGUCUCAUCCCAAUCAUCACUAGUAACUGCACGUCCAAAUCAGUGGCAGUCAGACGGCGCAGUUAUGAGUUCUUAGAGCUGUUAUUACUGGAGUGGCAGACACACACACUGGAGAGGCACGUGGCUAUUCUGACGGAGACCAUCAAGAAAGGGAUCCAUGAUGCCGACUCAGAGGCCAGGUCCGUGGCCAGAAAGUGUUAUUGGGGUUUCCAUGGCCACUACAGCAGGGAAGCGGAGCAUCUUUUCCAGGCCUUGGAGUCAACCUAUCAGAAGGCUCUCCAGUCUCACCUGAAAAGUUCUGACAGCGUUGUGUCCCUCCCCCAAUCAGACCGCUCAUCCUCCUCCUCUCAGGAGAGCCUCAACCGGCCCCUGUCUGUCAAGAGUGUCAUAGGAGGCGGCAUGGCAAGGGGGAAGAUGGUGAGUUCCAGGGUGAACUCUAACCCCGGCGGUUCUCUUCAGCGUUCCCGUAGUGACAUCGACGUGAACGCUGCGGCCAGCGCCAAAUCCUGUCUGGUCACCGUGCCCUCCGCUUCUCCCUUCAGCUCAGCCGCUACUCUGCCCCCAGGCUCCUACGCCUCUCUAGAUGGCACACCUGGUAAAAUGAAUACGGGUCGUGUGCGUACGAGGAGGACAAGCGCUGGCAGUGCCAUCGGAGCCAGCGCUACUGUGACUGACAGCAGGGGGCGCAGCCGAGCCAAAAUGGUAUCCCAGUCCCAGCGAUCCAGAUCUGCUAACCCCACUGGCGGUGGUAAGGCCCGGACUUCAUCCAAUCAGACUGGCAGUCGCUCCAGUUCCCCUGGCAAGCUGCUGGGCCACUCGUCUGGGUACGGGAGGAUCAGCAGGCCCCCCUCAGCCUCCAGCACCCCUGCAGACAAGAGGAGCAAGGUCCCCCGCAGCCAGGGCUGCAGUAGAGAUUCCUCUCCCAGCCGACUGGGACUAGCCAGGCUGUGUGGUAAAGCUCUUGUUCCUGGUACUCCUCUCUCCUCCUACCACACGCUAGCGAGGAGCCGUAUCCCCCGGCCCAGCAUGAGUCAGGGCUGCAGCAGGGAAACCUCUAGGGAAAGCAGCCGAGACACCAGCCCUGCUCGGGGCUUCAAGCCUCUUGAUCGGUUUGGUUUGAUUCACCAGGACCGUAUCUCUGCCUCAGUAAAUGCCAUGAGAGUCCUCAACACUGGCACUGAGGUUGAGGCUGCUGUGGCUGAUGCACUGCUGUUAGGAGACUCCAGAAAUAAUAAGAGGAAGCCUAUGAGGCGGCGGUAUGAGUCUCCGGGUAUCUAUUCUGACGACGAUGCGAACAGCGACGCAUCCAGUGCAUGCUCAGAGCGCUCAUAUGGGUCCAGGAACGGAGGUAUCCCUCACUACCUGCGUCAAACGGAGGAUGUGGCGGAGGUGCUAAACCACUGUGCCAGCUCCAACUGGUCAGAGAGGAAGGAGGGGCUGCUGGGUCUGCAGAACCUACUCAAGAACCAAAGAAUACUCAGCCGAGUGGAGCUGAAGAGACUAUGUGAGAUCUUCAGCAGGAUGUUUGCAGAUCCACACAGUAAGGUGUUCAGUAUGUUUCUGGAGACUCUGGUAGACUUUAUCUUGGUGCACAGAGAAGACCUGCAGGACUGGCUGUUUGUCCUGCUCACCCAGCUACUGAAGAAGAUGGGAGCUGACCUGCUGGGGUCUGUCCAGGCCAAGGUCCAGAAGGCUUUGGACAUCACCAGGGAGUCUUUUCCGUUUGAUCACCAGUUCAACAUCCUGAUGAGGUUCAUUGUUGACCAGACACAGACACCCAACCUCAAGGUGAAGGUGGCCAUUCUGAAGUACAUAGAAUCACUGGCCAGACAGAUGGAUCCGACAGACUUUGUGAACUCCAGUGAAACCCGACUGGCUGUAUCUCGCAUCAUUACCUGGACCACAGAGCCCAAGAGCUCCGACGUCAGGAAGGCAGCCCAGGUUGUGCUAAUCUCUCUGUUUGAGCUGAACACUCCAGAGUUCACCAUGCUGCUGGGAGCCUUGCCCAAGACCUUCCAGGACGGGGCCACCAAGCUGCUCCAGAACCACCUGAAAAACUCCAGCAACACCAGCAGCGUGAGUUCUCCCAGCAACACUAUUGGGCGGACCCCAAGCCGGCACCCCCCAAGCCGGACCAGCCCUCUCACUUCCCCAACCAACUGCUCCCAUGGGGGGCUGUCUCCCAGUAUGUUGGAGUAUGACACAGAGAACAUGAACUCUGAUGAGAUCUACAGCUCCCUGCGAGGGGUCACAGAGGCCAUCCAGAGCUUCAGCUACCGCAGCCAGGAGGACCUCAACGAGUUGAGAGGGAAGAGGGACGAUGCUGCGGGACGGGAAGCUGUGGCGCCCUCUCCAGGCUCUGAUGCCCGUCUGGGGCUGGAUGUGGUUGAGGGUGGGCGUACGGCCCUGGAUAACAAGACCUCCCUUCUCAACACCCCGUCCCCCCGCUCCUUCUCUGGGCCGCGAACCAGGGAGUUCGCCCCCUACGGAUACGGAGACACCAUCACCUCAUCCUACGACAAGAGCGCCCUGAAGGAGGCCGUGUUUGAUGACGACGUGGAUCAGUUUAGAGACUGCCGUCGGCAGGACAGCAGUGGUGAAAACAAGAUGGUGCUGUCUAAGGGCUUUGCUCCAGGUUCCCAGGACCACUCGGACCUGGUUGCAGACCUGCUGAAGGAACUGUCAAAUCACAAUGAACGCGUGGAGGAGCGUAAAGGGGCGUUGGUGGAACUCCUGAAGAUCACCCGGGAGGACAGCCUGGCCGUGUGGGACGAACACUUCAAGACCAUCCUCCUCCUGCUCCUGGAGACACUGGGGGAUAAAGACUACACUAUACGGGCCAUGGCACUGAGGGUACUGAAGGAGAUACUGCGGAACCAGCCGGCCCGCUUCAAGAACUACGCUGAACUCACCAUCAUGAAGACCCUGGAGGCACACAAAGACUCCCACAAGGAGGUGGUAAGAGCAGCGGAGGAGUCUGCCUCCACCCUAGCCAGCUCCAUCCACCCAGAGCAGUGUAUCAAGGUGCUGUGUCCCAUCGUCCAGACGGCUGACUACCCCAUCAACCUGGCUGCCAUCAAGAUGCAGACCAAGGUGAUCGAACGCAUCACCAAGGAGUCCCUGCACCAGCUGCUGCCUGACAUCAUACCAGGACUACUGCAGGGCUAUGACAAUACAGAGAGUAGUGUUCGCAAGGCCAGCGUGUUCUGUCUGGUGGCCAUCUACUCCGUGAUUGGAGAAGAGCUCAAACCACACCUGCAGCUACUCACGGGCAGCAAGAUGAAGCUGCUGAACUUGUACAUCAAGAGGGCUCAGACAACCAACAGCAACAGCAGCAGUUCCUCGGAUGUCUCUUCACACAGCUAGCUGUAGGAGCAGAGGGAGGGAAACACAGAUCCAUCUGCCUGUACUGUGCAUAUGAAUUAGGGGGGAAAGGUUGCUUCCCAAAUUGGCAUCCUUUUCCCUAUAUAGUGCACUACUGUUGUGCUCUGGCCAGAAGUAGUAUACUAUAUAGGGAAUAGGGUGCCAUUUGGGACAGAUUCAUAGUCGUGCCUCUUCCAGACCUCUCCAUUCCUGAUCUUUUCUUCUCUCCUUCACCCCACUGGACUCCUCUGGGUGACCCUAUGACAUGCUCAUCGCUCCAACCACCGCUUCACUUACUUUGCUCUUUUUUCCCCAUGAAACUUGUACCUUCAUUUGUCUCGUCCCGUCGUUGUCGUCUCCCCCCCAGCUGUUAUUACGCAUCACUAGCAAUGUGUUGCAAGGUAAAGAUCAGAUAUUCAUUAUGUUGAGCAUUCAGAGUGUAGGGGUGGAAACGUAACCACGGGUUAUGAUAUGGUCCAAUAAGAAUGGUACGUAUGGUCCAAUACUAAAUAAUACCCUGAUAUUCAUUAUGUUGAGCAUUCAGAGUGUAAGGGUGGAAACGUAACCACGGGUUAUGAUAUGGUCCAAUAAGAAUGGUACGUAUGGUCCAAUACUAAAUAAUACCCUGAUAUUCAUUAUGUUGAGCAUUCAGAGUGUAAGGGUGGAAACGUAACCACGGGUUAUGAUAUGGUCCAAUAAGAAUGGUACGUAUGGUCCAAUACUAACUAAUACCCUGAUAUUCAUUAUGUUGAGCAUUCAGAGUGUAGGGGUGGAAACGUAACCACGGGUUAUGAUAUGGUCCAAUAAGAAUGGUACGUAUGGUCCAAUACUAACUAAUACCCUGAUAUUCAUUAUGUUGAGCAUUCAGAGUGUAGGGGUGGAAACGUAACCACGGGUUAUGAUAUGGUCCAAUAAGAAUGGUACGUAUGGUCCAAUACUAAAUAAUACCCUGAUAUUCAUUAUGUUGAGCAUUCAGAGUGUAAGGGUGGAAACGUAACCACGGGUUAUGAUAUGGUCCAAUAAGAAUGGUACGUAUGGUCCAAUACUAACUAAUACCCUGAUAUUCAUUAUGUUGAGCAUUCAGAGUGUAGGGGUGGAAACGUAACCACGGGUUAUGAUAUGGUCCAAUAAGA